AUGAACGUUCGAGAAUUUGAUAAGGACGGCGUCAAAAUCAUUUGCGUAGCGGAUAUCCGUGGCGAGCUGUCACUGUUCAACCAAUUGGCACGACAGUACCAGGCGGACGUGAUCAUACAUACGGGAAACUUUGGGUUUCUCGACGAAGGCAGUGUGCAUAGAAUCCAUGAGUCUUAUUUGCGGCACAUUGUCGAGUUCUCGCCGUUGCUGUCCGAAGACCUCAUUGUGGAAAUUUCAAAGCUUUCCAAGGUGACAGGUGACUCGGUCGAACACCUUUCAAGCGAGACCACCAACCUCAAGACGCUGCUAGAGAACCAGGAAAUAAGCGAGCUGGGGCGCUUUUUGCGCGGCGAAUUGAAGCUCGAAGUGCCCGUGUACACCAUAUUUGGAAUGUGCGAGGACUCACUUGUGGUCAACAAGUUCCGCUACGGUGUUUAUAAGAUUCCUAACCUGCACGUGAUCGACGACGGGAACGUAUUUGGAAUCACCACUCCCCAGGGACUAAAUAUCCUUUUGGCCGGCAUUGGCGGUUCCUUAUCGUACCACAAGCUUGUGCAUCAGGGCUCGUCGCUCGAGCUGGCGGAUAUUGUCGGCGAAACGACUAAUCUUGAAGACAUCGAAAACUCAGACUAUGUUCUUCCUAUCAGUGGUGACCCGGGCAAUAUCUGGAUCACUCUUCUGCAAUUGGGAAAACUCAUCUACACACUGACUGAAUUCAGCGAACAACACACAGACUUUUAUAACAAAGCGAUCAAAAUCUUUGUGACUCACCAGUCGCCCGCCAGAGAACCGUUACUUGAGCAUCUAUUAAUUUUCUUCAAGAUGGACUACUCGAUCUCCAACUCGUUGCACUUCAAAUACACCUCUUCGUACAACGAGCUGUCGAUCAACCCCAGCUUUGAGAGCUUCAAGCUCAAGUUCAACGACGCACGGUCGAAAAUUGCCGUGAUCUGGAAGAACAUCCAACAACGCUAUGAAAGAUUGCUUUUUAAGCUCAAUGACCCGCUCAUGAUCGCCUGUACAGAAUUAGCUCUGGAAGUGUUUGAUAAAAUCCCUAUUUCGACUAAGGGUGUUGAGGAUAUCCUGCCGCUACAGCUUUCACAGUCGCUGACCAACACUGAAGAGAUGGACUCGUUUGGGUUGCAGUCGAGACAACGAGAGUUGAACACCAUCAUUCGCCAGCUCAACGAUCUGUACUACAUAUCUUUCCAGAACACAUGGCAUUUCAACCUGUGUGACCUUAGUUAUGGCUUUCUCACGCUGAAUGUGGAUGAAGGUCAGGUGCAGAUGGAAUGUCAUUCCAGGGGUUACAAUUUCCGGUAUAGGCUGCUAGAGGAGGAAGAGGAUACAGAGAAGAUCAAGAACUCUUCAUCGGCCAGCAGCAUCAGCAAUGGCUCGCGAGGACGAGGACGCGGCCGCGGCAGCGGACGGCCACCCAGAGGACGCAGCUACCGCAAAGAAUAA